GUGCAGUUGACGCUGCCGGGGGCGGGCUGACGGACGGGCGCUGGCCGGUAGACGGAGUUCCGGCUGGCUGUGGGUCGCAGUUUCUGCCUGGUUUCUCUCACCCCAUGGUACACCCGUGAGGCCGGCUGUCGGCUGAGGGCUCCUCGGGAUGGAGCACAUCAGAACGACCAAGGUUGAACAAGUAAAACUACUUGACCGGUUCAGUACCAGCAACAAGUCAUUAACAGGAACACUGUAUCUUACAGCCACACAUCUAUUAUUUAUAGACUCUCAUCAAAAAGAAACCUGGAUAUUACACCACCAUAUUGCCUCAGUAGAGAAACUUCCUUUGACUACUUCUGGAUGCCCUCUCUUGAUUCAGUGCAAGAACUUCAGGACUGUGCAUUUCAUUGUUCCCAGAGAAAGAGAUUGCCAUGAUAUUUAUAACUCUCUGCUACAACUGUCAAAACAAGCAAAAUACGAAGAUCUCUAUGCAUUCUCUUAUAAUCCCAAACAAAAUGAUUCAGAACGACUACAAGGUUGGCAGCUUAUUGACCUUGCUGAAGAAUAUAAGAGGAUGGGAGUGCCAAAUUCAAACUGGCAGUUGUCUGAUGCCAACCGAGAAUACAAGAUUUGUGAAACUUAUCCCAGAGAACUUUAUGUUCCCCGGAUAGCAAGCAAACCAAUAAUUGUUGGUAGUUCCAAAUUUCGGAGCAAGGGAAGAUUCCCAGUUCUUUCUUACUAUCAUCAAGAUAAGGAGGCUGCCAUUUGUCGAUGUAGUCAGCCACUGUCAGGAUUCAGUGCCAGGUGCCUGGAGGACGAGCAUUUGCUUCAAGCCAUUAGUAAAGCCAAUCCAGUCAAUCGCUACAUGUAUGUUGUGGACACUAGGCCCAAACAUCGUAUGCAGAGCUGGAGGGCUAUACCAAAGGACAUUGGCAGAAUUAUAGUGAGGAUUUCUUCAAAAAUCUGGAAUGAUGAAAAAAUAAGAGAAAGCGAUGAGAAAAAGCGACUAAAUGCUAUGGCCAACAGAGCAGCGGGAAAAGGUUAUGAAAAUGAAGACAACUAUUCUAAUAUUAGAUUUCAGUUUGUUGGAAUAGAAAAUAUUCACGUCAUGAGGUCCAGCCUCCAGAAAUUACUGGAAGUCAAUGGUACCAAAGGGCUUUGUGUUAGUGAUUUCUACUCUGGUUUAGAGAGCUCAGGAUGGCUUCGCCACAUCAAAGCUGUUAUGGAUGCUGCAAUCUUCUUAGCCAAGGCAAUAAUGGUUGAAAGUGCAAGUGUACUGGUACAUUGUUCUGAUGGGUGGGAUAGGACUUCCCAGGUUUGUUCCCUUGGUUCACUUUUGCUGGAUUCAUACUACAGGACAGUCAAAGGAUUCAUGGUUUUAAUAGAAAAAGAUUGGAUCUCGUUUGGACAUAAAUUUUCAGAGAGGUCUGGACAUUUGGAUGGUGACACAAAGGAAGUCUCACCAGUGUUUACUCAGUUCUUGGAAUGUGUGUGGCAUUUGACGGAACAGUUUCCACAGGCCUUUGAAUUCAACGAAGCAUUUCUUCUUCAGAUCCAUGAACAUAUUCAUUCAUGCCAAUUUGGAAACUUCCUUGGAAAUUGUCAGAAGGAAAGAGAAGAACUCAAGUUGAAGGAGAAGACCUACUCCCUGUGGCCAUUUCUUUUGGAUGACCAAAAGAAAUACUUAAAUCCUCUAUACAAUUCCAAAUCUCAGAGGUUUACAGUUUUGGAUCCAAAUACAGUAUCUUUCAAUUUUAAGUUUUGGAGAAACAUGUACCACCAGUUUGAUCGAACGUUGCAUCCUAGGCAGUCUGUUUUCAAUAUAGUUAUGCAUAUGAACGAGCAAAAUAAACAGUUAGAGGAAGACAUUAAAGACAUAGAAUCUAAAAUUAAACAGCACAGAAAUAAGCAAACAGAAGACGUUCUUACUAAGGAAUUGUUAAAUUCAGUUCAUCCGGAAUCACCUGUCCUCAAAACCUCCCUAUGUUUUAAAGAGCAGACUUUACUACCUGUGAAUGAUGCACUUCGAACUAUAGAGGGCAGCAACCCAGCGGAUAAUCGUUACAGUGACUAUGCAGAAGAGUUUUCCAAAUCAGAACCUACUGUAGUCAGCUUAGAGUAUGGUGUGGCAAGAAUGACUUGUUAGAUCAGAGUAUUUUCUGGACUGAAGGAAUUAUUGUGAGGAUGGACUGUGCUCAUGCCCAAAAAAGGAUUUGUCUAAUAAUGAUAUUGGGGUUUAACAGUAGGUGAAUAGUUGAAGAAUGGGUAACAAGUACUCUUGUGAGAGAAAUAAAUCUGGUUAAUUGCAUUUCUGGACGGAAAUGACAUCAGUUCUGUAGGAAAUGACUGAUACUUGGUAUAUCUACUCAAAACACUUUGCACUGUACACUAGUAAAUUGACAUUUCUGUAUGAUUUAUGUUGAUUACAACAUAAACAGCUUUCUUAAAUUAAUUUAAUUGCAAGAAAGCAAAACUUAACAGACAAGAUGAUCCUUUAAUUGACAUGGCAUCUACUUUGAGUUAUGUAACUGUAACUAUGAAUAUUUACAUGUUUUUGCCUUUUAAUGAUGUUGAAUAUUGAAGUGCCAUGCAAAAAUUUCCAAGAGAGCCUUAAAAUAAAUUCUGUUUAUUCUUUACCCUUAUGUUUUAUAUCGUAGAACAGAAUGUUUUGCUUGUUUUUCUUUGACCAGCUUUGCUUUGUUCAUUAAGCAUUGCACUUUCCACACUGCAGGAGUUGCAUGCCUCAGUACUCCUGUAAAAUCAGUUGCAGAAGUUCUCAUUUUAGGGGCCAGGGAUUUAGCUCAGUGGUUCAGCUGCCUGCCUUGCAAGCACGAGGACCUGAGUUCGAUCCCUGGUAUCAAAAAAAAAAAGUACUCAUUUUAGUUCAUGCUUAGCUGGCCCACUUCCAUAUUUGAAAUUAAUGCAUCCAAAAGUUUUGUUUUGAUUAUAAUUUGUUUAGUGAUCUGUGUGAUGAUUUAUCAUUUACAGAUUGCUGAUUUUAUUUAUAGGCACAUUUGACUUUCUUACAUAUGGAUUACUGCAUUCUGGUGAUUCUUUGUGGUUGGCUUUCAUAACUGUAAAUUUAAAGAGCUAAAGCUCUAAAACUGUUAGUAGAAACAAUGAAUAAUACAUAUAUUUUUUUCCACCGCCUUAUCUCCCAAGAAAUUGCCAUUCCUAGAAUAUAUGUCUUUCAGUGCACCCAAAAACUUUCGGGGAAAGUAAAAAGGGAUGUGUAAAUAGUUUAGGUUUGGCUCAGCUGCAUGAAUUUUAAAGCAGUGUUUUCUAUAUAGAAAACAUAUAUUUCUUCUCUUAAAUAUAGAAGAAAUAAAGGAAAACUAAGGAAAGCCUAUUUAAUGUUUAACAAAAGCAACUUUGGGGGAGAAUUUCAUUUUGUCAUAUUAACUAUUUACUCUGUAUACUAGUACAUAUCUUUAACAGAAAGUCCACUGUAUUUGGCAGUAUUACCCAGAUGGCUUUAAAAUUAAAAUGUAAGUAAUAUGGGUGGAUCCCUCAUGCAUCUCUUUAUUAUACCUGCAUCUGCUAGAUGUGAAUAUAUACAACUUUUCAAAUGAAAAAUGCUUUAUUGUAUGAAAUCUUAUCCGAUCCUGUUUAUUUUUCCAGUACAUUUCUGUAAUACCGUAUAUAAUAAGUAUUUCUUUUUAAACAACAAGGAAAAUUUACCAUAAAAUGUAGUGUGGGAUUAACCAAUCCUAUUUCCAUAUUUAAGCACUUGGAAAGGGAUUUAAUGUCUGUGGCCACAAAAGUAAGCUUUUGUAUCUUGGUUCUAGUCAGAUUGUGGAUUUGGAAUUAUCCAUGUCAUACUUCUUACAUUUAACCUUUGUUUUUUUGGUCAUAAUCUUCACCUUUAGAUGUAUAUAUAUGUAUGUGCUCACAUACGGACUGAGAAAUCAAAUGAGAUCCUGAGGUCCUAUAGGGUAUAUGUUGGCAAAAAGUGGAUUGUGUUUGCUUUAUAAAAUUGGAUUCAUGUUCAUGUUUUGGAACAUAUAGCAUGUAAAUUAUUUCAUGUAUUAUUUAAAGGUAAUUAAAUUUUCAUAUUUUACUUUGAAUGUUUCUUUUGGAAAAAAAGAGAUCCAGUUGUCAUUUUUUUUCUCAGUAAAUGGGCUUUUAUAUUGCACCAAAUUUUUGGCAUUUCGUUUCCUAAAGAUUGUUGAUAAAUAAUUCCUCUUAUAUGUAUUUUUUUAAAAACUCCAAAAAUAUUUAAAAUGGGCAUAGUGGGCUAAAAGACUCAGCAGAUACAGUUAAUAAUGUUGCUAAGUUUUUCUUAGGCUCCUGGUUCAAGAGCUUAUGUUGUAGCCAGUACUUCAUUGUGCCUUUGCUGGCUGUUGGAAGGCCAGCAUCAGUGAGUACCAGCAUUGAGGUGAACUGUUUCUCCAGAGGCAGAUCUUGCCGUCACUACAGAGAAGAAAAUGUCUGGCCAAGAGGAGUAGAGCUUGCUGGGGGUAGGUGAGAAGCAGCAUGGGUAAUCUUGAGUUAAAAAGAUGAAGAGCUCUUGUUUUUUUUCCUUCUAUGUAAUUGGUGAGAAAGCAUACAGGACUGUGGUAUGUCUAGUCUUUGUGAGCACAGAAAGUCAGGUUUUAAUUUAUUUAUUGCAGUACUGGGGAUUGAACCCGAGGCCAUGUACUUGCACUGCUACUGAGC